AUGGUGCUUGGGGUCCAGGCCUUGGAUAUCUGUCCCCAAAUAAGGGAUGAAGGGGGAAACGAUUCCAGGUCACAGGUCAUUAGAUCUGAUUUUCGCCACUCUCCAGUGUCAGCUCCACAUUUCUUUCUCCUCUUCCCUCUACCCAGGAACACAGACCUCACCCAGGCCCACCCCUGGCCUUUUGGAAAGGCUUGGGGGAUAGAUAUUAGCGCUAGGGCAAUAGGACUCCUGAAUCCCUGGGAUUUCUUGUUGCUGUCUCUGCUGAACUCCGUUUGGACACCCUCCCCACCCCAGCUUCAGCCUCCAGCCAUCCAGCACCAACCUAUUGGAGAGGGAGGGGCCUUUCUGUUUGGCUCAAGGCGGCCUGGGACAAAAGUGGGGAGAAAGGAGUUAAAGCCGGGUCCCAGGAUCACCAGGGCUGGGAAGUUCCGGUGGCCCAGCCUGGAAUGGAAUGGGGAGACCAGCUAG